UUUAACGAUUUCGCAGCUGUUCGGUCAAACUCGACUAUUCGCAACGUCACUACGAGUCGGUGGCACCAAUCUGUCGCGCAGGACUUCCCGCCAAAGUGUCUGCGGCGGUUCACAAGGACCUCCGUGCGGACGAAAUCCCGUGCUAGUCCACGUCAUCAUGGCGCGAAGGCGUCGUCUGCUUCCCGAAGCCUGCGCCACCUCGCGGCGUCGAGCAACGGCUGGUUCGGACGGCGGCUGUGAGGCGCCACCGAGGCUCAAGCCUCGUCCCUUGCAGCGCAACGCGGCGAACGCCCGCGAGAGGGCGCGGAUGCGCGUGCUGAGUCGCGCCUUCUCGCGUCUCAAGACGUCGCUUCCCUGGGUUCCCGAGGACACCAAGCUCUCCAAGCUGGACACGCUCAGGUUGGCGGCCGGCUACAUCGCGCACCUGCGACGAGUGCUGAUCGACGACGACGAGGCGUCGUCGUCAUCGCCCGCUUCGGCCGCCGAAGACGCAGCCUGCGGUUCGCCGCGAAGCCUGCACCCACUGGCGCUGACGUGGCCAUUCUCGUUCAAUCAACGCCUCCCGAGUCCCGAGGGUCAGGACGCAGAGGUCAACAAGGUACGACACAGCGUCUCCUGUCGAAUGUUCGAGGGUGACGCCGCGUCUCCCGCUUCACCCCACCGAACCGUCAACAAGCAGCCUUAUCAGCAGCAGCAGCAGCAGUUGAACUCGUGUCACGGUGGACAUCGAUAUCAGUCCACUGCCUCUGCGGACGACGGGUUCGACUCGUUCCUCGAUUAUCUCAGCAGUUCCUCGGGUCCUUCACACCCUUCUUCAUAUUCAGGUCGCUUUAUGGCCAUGAGUAAUCAGAGACACUUGUGUUCCUCCUAAGUACCUUCAAUGUCGUCCUCUUCGUAAAGAAACGUCGAUAGAGCAUAUAUGAUGUUAAAAAUAGUAGCUGUGAAAAGCUCUUAUUAUGGCCGAAGCCCUAAAUGCUGAUUUGAAAUCGAAAAUUCACCGUCACUGCCAGCGGCACAGGCGUGGACACGAGUGAUCCAAAACAAAAUUGUCAUAGCAACAACAGUUAUGGUAACUGUUGUUCCUGUUGUCACCACACACAUCAAUACUACAGUAACAGCAGUUAUAACUGUUCUUGAGGCUGUUGCUAGUAGCACUGUGUGGUGUCCUUAUAUGUCCCCUCGUGUCCCUUCGCGCUACAUCAAAGCAGUUCAAAUGAUUCACCAAGCCCACAUGGCAACCCUCGUCGAUUAGCCAAGGGGUAAAGUCACAAAGAAUAUACCGGCCGUCGUCUAGUGUGGUUGUGUUUCUUGCCGACGUCAUUGUGUGUCAUAUUGAUGGUUGCAGUGCUUGUCAAAUUUUCAAAUGUGUGCAUCGUACUGCUGGGUAAUCUAUACGUGCCGAAUGAAGUUAAAAUAGCAAAACUACAUUUGUUGUAAAGUUCUGCGUGAUGUUUACUGUUGCAAAAUUUCCUGUCAUAGAUGCACCAAUUAUUUUGCAGAGUCGAUGGUCGACUCUCGACCUGCACGAACGUCUUUUAUCCAUGUUAGUGUCUGUGACAAAAAAGUGCAAUAAAUUUAUGUUUAUUUAUUUCUUA